GAUAUGGGUGAGACCAAGCUGAAGGCCAGAUUUGGUGGAUGGCCUAACUUGAUUGUUCGCCUCGACAUCUGGCACUUUAUGCGACGUCUGGCUGUGGGAUGCACCACUGAUGCACACCAGCUCUAUCCCACUUUCAUGGCUCGCAUGUCAGCAUGUAUUUUUGAGUGGGAUGCUGCUGAUGUCAACAAGUUGAGAGAGGCAAAAAGAGCACAGCUAAAAGAGCAAGGCCUGAUGGCUCUGACGGAGAAGCAGCUAGAUCGGCAAAUAAAAAAAGAAGAGUUAGAGCUGCACUGCAGGAGGAAGACUCGUGGAGAAGACCAAACCAUCCAGCUGUUGGAUCAGCUCAUCAGUGAGCUCAUCAGUGACAAGGGUAAGGAUGCCCUUGGUGUUGCUCUUCUGGACCCCAUCAGAAUGCAGCACAUCUGGCGUGUUCAGAAGAGACAUGUUAAGUGCAUUCAGGACCCACCUGGUGUGGCUCUGUACACACAGACUGGAACCAUCACCAAGGGAGGAGUUCAACUGCAGACACUGCGCUGUGCCAGAGGUUCGACAUCUUUGGAGUCAUUCCACUGUCACUUAAACCGGUUCAUUCCAGGAAACAGUGCAAACUCGCUCAACUUCCAGAUCUACCUACUAGAUGGGCUACAUCGCUGGAACCACAACAGGGCAGCAGCUGCUCUGGAGGCAGAGGCCUCUGGCCUGCGCACAUACUCGGGCGAGCUGGUUCACAGUGUGAAUAAAGAUUAUGAGAAGGUUUUUGGCAGGAAGCUGAUUCCUUCUUUUACACCACCCGCAAAGUACACAGGUGAACUGAUUGGAGUGCAGUACCUGUUGAGGCAGAACAAUGAACCUCUACAGUGUAUGGCGCCAGACUCCGAGGAGGCAAAUACAUUGCUGGAGCAGUUGGAAGAGCCAGUAGAGACUGAUGAGGGCUUUGAAGAACUUGAACACAUUGAGGUCACUCUUGCUGAUUUACUUUUGGACACAUCUGAUAUGAUCUCAGUGCUACCUGCCUCUUGUGCUCCUGAGAUUUCUGGUCAGUUCACUCCUCCUGUCCAGUCCACUCACCUGCUGGGUGUCCCAUCUGCACCCGCUCCUCCUGUCCAGUCCACUCACCUGCUGGGUGUCCCAUCUGCACCCGCUCCUCCUGUCCAGUCCACUCACCUGCUGGGUGUCCCAUCUGCACCCACUCCUCCUGUCCAGUCCACUCACCUGCUGGGUGUCCCAUCUGCACCCACUCCUCCUGUCCAGUCCACUCACCUGCUGGGUGUCCCAUCUGCACCCACUCCUCCUGUCCAGUCCACUCACCUGCUGGGUGUCCCAUCUGCACCCACUCCUCCUGUCCAGUCCACUCACCUGCUGGGUGUCCCAUCUGCACCCGCUCCUCCUGUCCAGUCCACUCACCUGCUGGGUGUCCCAUCUGCACCCACUCCUCCUGUCCAGUCCACUCACCUGCUGGGUGUCCCAUCUGCACCCGCUCCUCCUGUCCAGUCCACUCACCUGCUGGGUGUCCCAUCUGCACCCGCUCCUCCUGUCCAGUCCACUCACCUGCUGGGUGUCCCAUCUGCACCCGCUCCUCCUGUCCAGUCCACUCACCUGCUGGGUGUCCCAUCUGCACCCACUCCUCCUGUCCAGUCCACUCACCUGCUGGGUGUCCCAUCUGCACCCACUCCUCCUGUCCAGUCCACUCACCUGCUGGGUGUCCCAUCUGCACCCGCUCCUCCUGUCCAGUCCACUCACCUGCUGGGUGUCCCAUCUGCACCCACUCCUCCUGUCCAGUCCACUCACCUGCUGGGUGUCCCAUCUGCACCCGCUCCUCCUGUCCAGUCCACUCACCUGCUGGGUGUCCCAUCUGCACCCGCUCCUCCUGUCCAGUCCACUCACCUACUGGGGGCCCCGUCUGGGUUACCUGGACAAUCUACAUCUUCAGAGCAAGUUGCCGUGGAUGAACAGAGUUUGCCAGGAAUGGAUCGUGUUGAUGAGCUUGCGGAAUACUUGGUGGAGCUAAGAAAUGAAAAAGGCCUCACUCUUACCAAUCAGCAGGCCAGCACCAUUGUGGGUCUUUGGCAGAACUUGGAGCAACACGAUAAGGACCGGAUUUCUUACGCUGCUCGACAUCAGGAGAGACUGCUCACUGGUCGGUUUAGGUCUCCGAAAAAGAAGGCUGUAUUUUCAGGAGUUGAAAGCACAAAAAGGUGUGUACUUGGUUCUACUGGUUCAGCUGCUCAGUGGCCAAACUGCAGCCGUCUUGUAGAAACAAUAUUUAUCAGAUUGUGCAACAUUCAUAAUAGCCCCAAGAAAAUUGGACACCAAAACCUUUCAAGAUGGUCACUAAUUCUAAAUGAUUAUAAAAAGAUUCGACAGCUCAUUUUAAUCAAUGGCAUUAUUAUGAAAGAUACAACUCUGCAACUUGUCACCGUAAAUCAGACCACGUUGAUACAGUGGCAUAACAAAAGAUUCAAGGCACAAGAAGUUGCAAUUCUGAUGCAAGGUUUGGUACUGCCUGAUGAACGCCCUGUUGCCAGUGAACCAUUACUCCCAGUAAACACUAGGCCCACUCAAGUCACACCACACAUGCAUGAACACACUUACAACAUGCCAUCUGACACGGCUGGGUGGGCAAAAACCAAGCUAGUUGUCAAAGACAGAGCUGAGCUGAGAACCAUACAGCCAAAACAACAUACAGCUCAGCCAGGAGUUUUUUACAUGCCACUAAUAGUGCCACCAACCACAACAGCAAGUAGCAUUCUGCUUCUGCCACCACCCCAGACCACGGCACCCAGUAGAGUUUGCACACCACAUUCUGAGAGCACAACUGGCCCUUGUCAAAUGCAAGACACUCCACCAAAAGAAAAGCGUAAAUACACUAGAACAGUCACAUCCAACAGAUGCACUAAAUGUGGAGAGCCACGCACCACAGACACCGGCCAUAGCCAGUUCAAAGGCAGAAUUUACUGCCCAAACAGGGAGACCCUAACCAAAGAGCAGUGGCUGAGAAUGAUGAGAAAAUAGUACAUCAUUGUAUUUUAUGUUGUGAAGAUUUUGUUUUAUUAUAGUAAAAUAUUUAGUUGUUUUGCAAAAGUGAUACCGAAAUAAUUGCACUAUUUUUGAUUUGAUUAUUUGAUUUUAUAAUUUUUUUUUUUAAUUCAACUUCAUUGUGAUUCAUUGUGUUGCCCACAAAAUAUACACAAACUGUUGUAUUUGCUCUAGGUUAAUGUUUUGUAUAUAGUUCAGUUCUGUUUGUUUUCUUUUUACUUGUAAAUAGUGAUUUAUUUUAAAUACUAUUCCAAACGUGAUUUGUUU